AUGGAAAUUGCUAAGAAUGCAAAUGACUCAACGAAAGCUGGUCCUAAAAAGGAGAAAGAAUCUCUACCAUAUGAUUUGAUACCUGAGAUCUUAACAAGGGUACCAUUCGAAUAUCUACACACAUGUAGACUUGUAUGUAAGGAUUGGGAAAGCAUUAUACACGAAUCCAGUUUCAUGCAACUUCAUUCUGAAAGAACACGGACAAUAUCUGGAUUUUUUAUCCAAAGGAUUGUCUCUAACCGAUUUAGAAAGAGCUUUAUAUCACUCUAUCAAUCACCCAACAUUCUGCAGCCAUCUAUCGAUUUCCUGCCUGAAGAUGUAAGGAUCAUGGCAUCGUCACGGCAUGGUUUGCUUUGUUGUGUUAGUGAACAGAUCCAAGAGGGCCGAAUUGGAAAAUACUGGCAAAUCCCACGAUAUUAUAUCUGCAAGCCUGUCACCAAAGAAUGGAGACAGAUCCCGAAUCCAAAGACACGGUAUUUCACAGAAAGAGUUGCGUUGGUAGUCCAGUCAUCAAAACCUCUUCAUUAUAAGUUAGUCCGCUUCUCCUGGCCUAGGCACACAAUGUCCUACCUACAAUGUGAGAUCUUCAACUCUGACUCAUGGACUUGGAAACGAUCAGAAAAUAUACCAUUACCCGAUCUUGCAUUGUUAUUGCCAGGGCCCGGUGUUCUAAUUCAGGGUGAAAUUCAUUGGUUAACUACUGAAAAUUCAAUCUUCGCAUUCAACACUGACAGUGAGAGCUGGCGGAUGAUCGCUUUACCACGAGAAGGGCCGAAUUAUCUAAAUGGUCAUGAUCGUGUAUAUGUGGACAUUACUGAAUUCAAAGGGAAGCUUGCUUUGAUAUACUCUAAUAAUGUUUGGAUGGAGCUUUGGGCAAUGGAGAACCACUCAGAGGAGAUAUGGGAGAGGAAGCAGGCAGUCAGCUUCUCACGAGCAUUGCAAACAGAAUAUCCUUUCUUUUCCUUAUUGGCUCUCUAUGCCACCGAAAUCCUGCUGCUGAAUUGUGCAUACGAUUUUAUAUGGUAUAACUUUGAGAAUGAUACGUAUACUGAUGAGAUGAAAUGGGAUUAUUUAACUCCACAAACUGCACUACCUUUUGAGUCUGACUUAGUUCCCUGCAAUAUGUGA